AUGCCAAGCGUGGUAGAAAUCCUCUUUUUUGUCACAACUACUCAGUUAGUACUGGGGGUUUUGGGGAAUGAAUUUAUUGGACUUGUAAACUGCAUGGACUGUGUCAAGAAUAAGAAGUUCUCUAUUAUUAGCUUUAUUCUCACAGGCUUGGCUAUUUCUAGAGUUUCUAUAAUAUGGUACAUAAGUUUUGAUGGAGUCAUAAAGUCAUUCUCUCCAGAUAUGCAUACUUCUAGUACCCUAACUGAAUAUUUUAGUUACUUAGUUGAAUGUUUUAGUUCCUCUCACUCGAAUAUCUGGUUUGCUACCAACCUCAGCAUCUUCUAUUUCCUGAAGACAGCGAAGUUUUCCCACUACAUAUUUCGCUGGUUGAAGAGAAGAAUCAAUAGAGUUUUUGCCUUUCUGAUUAGAUGCUUGUUUGUGUCAUGGUUACUUACUUUUCUACAAGUUGUGAAGGUGAUUAAUGGUGAUAAAAUAAACCAUAGAAACACAUCAUAGCUGUUUCACCUACAGGGAAGUGAUUUCUUACUUAAACAGAUUUUUCUCAAUCUGGGAGUCACUCUCUUCUUUACAGUAUUCCUAAUUACCUGUGUCCUAUUGAUCGUUUCCCUGUGGAGACACAAAAGUCAUAUGCAACUGAACAACACAGGAUUCGCAGACCUCAAUACAGAAGCUCAUGUGAAAGCCAUGGAAGUUUUAAUAUCUUUUAUCAUCCUCUUUAUCUUGCAUGUGAUAGGCAACCUCAUAGAAGCAGUAUGUGGUAGUAAGCCAGAAAACAAACUGCUAUUUACUUUUGGUUUCACAACCACAGCCAUAUAUCCCUGGGGUCAUUCCUUUAUCCUAAUUCUAGGAAACAACAAGCUAAAGCAAACUUGCUGGAGGGUACUGCAGCAAUUAAAGUGCUGUGAGAAAGGAAAAAAUCUCAGAGCCUCAGACAGGCUUGCACAGAAAUUGACAUGUUAA